UCUACAGACACCCCCACCCCGACACACCUCCCCCCUCCCUCCUUUCUAUGAAUCAGUAACCUUUUACCCAGAGAGAGUCAGAGCAGGGGGGCAGUCUGCAGCAGAGGCAUCUGAUUGGUGCAGUCCUCUGACAGGGAUGAGGUGGCAGGCAGCGCUGGAGCAGCAUUGGCUGCGAGGUGWAGCAGAAGGAGGAGACUUUGACAAUGGACUUCUGCUGGGAGGACAGGACACAUGGGGGWCAGAGGAAGAAUGGAGCAGCAGAGGAUCACCCGGACACUGUGAGUUUCUUUUGACGUGUCAGCACAUUGUGAAGAGCAGUCAUGCUCCUGGAGGUCAUGUCUGUGCUCAGUUUUCAUUCCUGCAGGUAGGAAACACUCGUGACAACCAGACUUUUAACACAGACCAGCUUCAUGGAUCACUCAGGGGUGACUCAGCUGCUGAAAACUUCACCCAAAGAUCCUGUAUUUGGGGGCCAGCUUUCCCACAGGAUGGCGUCCUCUGCYGUCCCCUGCACCGUUUUUGGCCCCUCACCUGCCCCUCCAGCUGUCUGGCCCCCUCUAGACUUUGCCCUGGGCGCUCUGGCCUGCUGUGCAGCCUGCGUGUUCACCAACCCUCUGGAAGUGGUGAAGACUCGUCUGCAGCUUCAGGGGGAGCUCUGUGCCAGGGGGUCCUACCAGAUGCACUACCGGGGAGUCCUGCAGGCACUCUGGGUGGUGGGCCGCACAGACGGGCUCCGGGGCCUGCAGAAAGGGCUCUCUGUUGGACUGAUCUAUCAGGGUGUGAUGAARGGAGUCAGGCUGGGCUCGUACUCCUGCUGCGAAGCUCUGGGCAUCACUUCGUUCCACGGGGGCAGUCUGCUGUCAGGAGCCGGGGCCGGGGCUCUGGGGGCCUUCAUCGCUUCCCCCGCCUACCUGGUAAAGACUCACCUGCAGGCUCAGACAGUCAGUGCCAUCGCAGUGGGUCACCAGCACAACCACAUGGGGGUUUCUGAUGCCUUUGUCACCAUCUACAGACGAGAUGGUCUCACCGGUCUCUGGAGGGGGGUGAACGGGGCCGUGCCUCGGGUCAUGGUUGGAUCGGCAACUCAACUGGCAACCUUUACCUCAGCCAAGGACUGGGCGUCUCGCUCUCAGUGGUUCAGUUCAAACAGGUGGCUCUCGGCGUUAAUCGCUGCCUCCAUCAGUGGUGUCGCCGUGGCCAUCACCAUGACGCCGUUUGAUGUCAUCAGCACUCGGCUCUACAACCAGCCAGUGGACGAGUUUCGGAGGGGGCGCCUCUACCAGGGGUUUUUAGACUGUAUGCUGAAAGUGUGCCAAUCUGAGGGUCUGCUGGGAUUAUAUAAAGGCAUGGGCCCUGUUUUCCUGCGACUGGCCCCUCACACGAUGCUCAGCAUGCUGUUCUGGGAUCUGAUGAGGCAACAGGCAGUCAAAGACUACUAGAGCCUGCAAAACAUGUGCCUUAAAGGGAUCCUCCACUGAUGGGUGAACUUUAAGUGGAAACAAAAAAGCUGGACAUUUCUGAAAAUCACGUCUUUUCUUCUUUUUGUUGAUUUACGUACGAACACUGGUGUUUUUGUGAUAAAAACCAAGAUGGAGUCAGCAGCCGGUUUGCUCUCGUUGUGUUUAAUUAUGUAACACCUUCUUGGCCGCCACCAGUAAUUUGUUUUCGUCUAACGUUUCUCUCUGCCCCUGAAUCAAGAAAUGAUCCGACACCCGAACGCUCGUGAAAUGUUUCAGCAGUUUUUAUUACAUACGUUAGAAAAGAUCAAACAAAUGCAGCGUAACCRUUUUUUUUUUUUUAAAUCCAACACUGGAAAGUGCUGGUAUAAAACCAAGCUGUGCUCCUCUGUUUCGAGCUUUUGGGCUGUUAGCUGUGGAUUUAUAUUUGUUUUACAAAUCAGAGUGAGUUGUCAAGUGUCUUUUUUUACUCUUUUGGAAAGCAAAAAAUGUAACAAGUAAAAAAAAGUGUUUUUAAGCGAGACACAAGCACAAAAGACGGGUAAACUAAGUAUUUAUGAUGGUACGUGUUGUAUGACUGUUUUAGAUGCAUUUCUGUUAAAUCUUUGAACUGUGUAAAGUCACAGCUAAGAUGUAAGCAGUUGUCAUGAAUUUUUCAGUCUGAGCAGAGCUCACGGUGUUCAACAAAGUGGAGGAACGAGUUUGAAUGACUCAAUAGUUCUUCCAUUUUUAGAAUCAGGAAUUACUGCUGCUUGUCAGGUUUUACUGUCUAAAUAUACUCACCUUGUCAUUGACAAAGGAGAAACUCUGAUGGUAUGAGCAUAUGCAAAUGAAAUAAUUUGAUUUGAGGCCUUUAUUACAGCUGUCUGACACUUCAGGCCUUUUAAAUGCAGGAAAUAAUCACAAUAAACAUUUUGAUUUUGUAAAAACA